CCCCAGAGACAAUUAUGGGCUUGGAAAGGCAAAUAUCGCGCUAUUUCGGGAUAGGCGGCUGGGAAAGAAAGGUGCGCGUCGCGAGGGUACGUGACUUGGCCUCCUUAGGUUGGGAUUUAGGGAUGCUAGUCUCGUACUCUCAUGAUUUCCGGCGCGCCUGCGCACCCUGCACUCCUGGGCGGUCGUGGCGGUUUAUUGAGGCAGAGGCGGCUGGCGUGCCAUGGCUUCGGCUGCCGUGGCUGAGGUCACUCGCAGGACUUGGGGUUGCUCGCAGUCCAGGAUCUGGGCUCCCCUAGAGGCGGGUGGAUGGCCGAGGCAGAGGAAGAGAAGACGACAGCAGAGGACCUACGUGAAGCCUCCCGAGGGUGGCGAUGACCACCCACCAGGCCCGGGGUCCGGCGCCGAGUGGAGCGAGGCCCUUUUGGACAUCUGUCAGAGAAGGCAUUUCCUGGUGGGGACCCAGCAGCCGCUCGGGAGGGACUCCCUCCGCAGCGGCCACCACCCCGGCUUCGGCCCCCUCGGCGUGGGGCUCAGGAAGAACCUGGCGUCGCAGUGGUGGUCCUCGGUGGCGGCCUUCAGGGAGCACAUCUUCCCGCUGGACACCCCACACCACGAGCCGUGGUCUGCGGAGCUUCGAGGCCGAGGCCUCUGCCUAGUCCCUGCCGACGGCCUCCGGGCAGCCUUGCAAGACGAAGCACUAACUAAGGAGCAGCUAAUUACCUCUCUUGAGAGCAUGUUAAAAACUUCUGGGACGCUACGGGAGAACCUCUAUCACGGUGCUUUGAAACAGUAUGUUAAUUGCCUGGAUCUGGUAAACAAGAGGCUGCCUUAUGGUCUUGCUCAGAUUGGAGUGUGUUUUCAAGAUGUUCCUGAUACUGGACAUACAUGUGAUGACAUCAAAAGAAUAGGUGAAAGGACCAUGUCUUCCCUGGUAUGGUUUACCUCUGCAAGAACAGCAGGCCAGUGGCUUGAUUUCUGGUUGCGACAUCGACUUUUGUGGUGGAGAAAGUUUGCAGUAAAUCCAUCCAACUUCAGCAGCAGCGACUGUCAAAAUGAAGAGGGAUGUAAAGGAAGCAAGCUGUUCUACAGUUUUCCCUGGGGAAAAGAGCCAAUAGAAACACUCUGGAAUCUUGGAGACCAUGAACUUUUACAGUUGUAUUCUGGAAACAAAUCUAAAUUACAUGGCCGAGAUGGAAGAAAAAAUGUGGUUCCUCAAGUUCUUUCUGUGAGUGGAGAUCUAGACCAAGGAGCAUUAGCUUAUCUCUAUGAUUCCCUUCAGCUAACAGAUAAAUCCUUUAUAGGAAAGAAGGAUCUUCAGAGAAAGGUACUUAAACUUCACCCUUGUUUAGCUCCAGUCAAGGUGGCUUUGGAUGUGGGAAGAGGUCCAGCAAUGGAGUUGAGACAGGUUUGUCAAGGACUGUUUAAUGAAUUACUAGAAAGUGGAAUUUCUGUAUGGCCUGGGUAUUUGGAAACCAUGCAGUCCUCGAUGGAACAACUUUAUUUAAAGUAUGAUGAAAUGAGUAUACCCUUUACUCUUUUGAUAACGGAAACUACUUUGGAGAAUGGGUUAAUACACCUGAGAAGUAGAGACACCACAAUGAAGGAGUUGAUGCACAUAUCUAAAGUAAAGGACUUUUUAAUCAUGUAUAUUACAUCUGCCAAAAAUGUGUAGAUAUUAGUAGCUUAAUAAAUACUUUUUGUCAUUUAAA